CGCACAUCCCAGAGAAGACGACCAUGAAAGCUUUUCUGCUGCUGGCCCUGCUGGCCCGGGCCUCCGCUCUGCCCCUGCCCUCCCUGGGCACAGACGGCUGGCUUUCGGCCGAGAGCUACCUCCGCAGGUUCUACGGCCUCGCCCCUGGUCUCCAGGGUGGAGAGAUGUCCUCUGGCGCCUUUAAGGCCAAGAUCAGGGAGAUGCAGUCAUUCUUUAAACUCAAGGUGACGGGGAACCUGGACGACAACACUUUGGAGAUGAUGAAAAAGCCCAGAUGUGGCAGGCCGGACGUUAGGGAGUACAACCACAUCCCGACACAAUUCAAAUGGCCAAAGAACAACCUCACUUUCAGGAUAUUAAACUACACGCCGGAUCUGCAGAAGUCCGCCGUGGACAGAGCCAUCCGCCGAGCGCUGAACGUUUGGUCCGCUGUCACCCCUCUGACCUUUAAGAAGCUGCGCAAGGGCGACGCCGACAUCAUGAUCAGUUUUGAAAGUAAAGCCCACGGAGACAACAACCCCUUCGACGGGCCCAACGGACAGCUCGCUCACGCCUUCGCGCCGGGCCAGGGCAUCGGAGGAGACACUCACUUUGAUGAGGAUGAACGGUGGACCGAAGACUCAUCGGAUUACAACCUGUUUCUGGUGGCGUCCCACGAGUUCGGCCACGCCCUCGGCUUGGACCAUUCCAGGGACACGGGCGCCCUGAUGUUCUCCACGUACUCGUACUCAACGGGCUUCCCGCUGUCCGAGGACGACGUCGCAGUCAUUCAGGCUCUCUACGGCCCAAACCCACAUCAGAAAGUGAAGCCAAAGCCCAAAGCACCAACCAAUUGUGACCCCGAGUUGAGUUUUGAUGCCGUCACAGAGCUCAGAGGGGAAACCCUCAUCUUCAAGGACAGGUUCUUCUGGCGUCUCCAUCCUCAGAUGCCGGAGCCCCACCAGACGCAGAUCAUGGCCACCUGGCCCUUCCUUCCCAACAAGGUGGACGCAGCCUACGAGUACCCAGAGGAGGAUCGAGUCAUCGUAUUCAGAGGUAUCCGAAUGUGGGCUUUGGACGGAUACAAAGUGGUGGAGGGCUACCCAAAGUACAUCCACAAACUUGGCCUCCCCAAGACAGUAAAGGAAAUAGAUGCGGCUGUGCACAUCGGAGACACCGGGAAAACUCUGCUCUUCGCCGAGGAGGAGUAUUGGAGCUACGAUGAAGCGACCGGCACCAUGGACGCCGGCUUCCCGCGCUCCUUCGAGGAGGAUUUUCCCGGCAUGGGGGACGAGGUCGACGCAGCCGUGUACCAGAAUGGAAUCCUGAAAUUCUUCCACGAACAACUGCAGUUCGAGUACAGUUACACCUCGAGGAAGGUCAUCGGCAUCAAGAGGACCAACUCCAUUCUCAACUGUUGAUGACUCAAAGAGAAUUACAAACAGGCGUGUUAAAACAUGAGACCAAGGAAGAUGAGGUUUAGUGAAAGAGUUUAAUUUAUACUGGUGCUGUACACCAGUAGGUGUGUAAU